UAAACACUUCUACCUUAACUAUCUUACAUAGAACUCUCAAUUACGAUAACAUGAGAAAGCCCACCAACUGUUCCAAACUUGCAUCAAUCUAACUGUCUCUCACUUGGUUUAGUUUCUAGCACAACUCUUACAAUCAAAUUUGGCAACAAUUACCUGGAUAUAAAUGAUCUAGCGUGCCGUCCACUACAUCUAUCUGCACCACACAAGUCACUUUUACAAUUUCUCUGGAUAAUGCUAAAUUUGAGAUAUUUUUAUCCCAACAUGUAUUACAAUCAACAGGUAAGCCUGAAUAUUUCUUCUUCAAUUGCAUUAUCUCAAUUCUGAUAAAAAUUAUCCCAGUAUAGAGGACCAUUUUGUUGGAAUAUCAUGCAGCAAAAGGGUCCCGGAUUCCACUAACAGCCACUCAGGCAACCAAUUUACAGCCAGUAUAAGAUGCUCUUCAUAUCUGUCACUUUCUUACUCGAAGGAAGAUCACUUUGAUGAAGCUUUGAGUUGAGUUUUCUUGAGCCCUAAAACACAAAAAUAUCCUUCACUUCAAAAGCAAAAACCCCAUCAAAACUUUCAGGGUUUUCUGCCCGUUAGUGGUUAAGAUAUGAAUCGUCGGCUUCUUGACACGGAGAUCAGUGUGUCUCCGGUUAGUGGAAUCAACAAAACACGUGAUGGAUACAUUAAAGAGAGCAACUUCGAUACCAGUAUGGUCAUAAUCUUGGCGGCUUUGUUGUGUGCUUUGAUUGCGGCACUUGGUUUGAACUCAAUAGUUCGUUGCGCUUUGCGUUGUAGUCAUAGGUUUGCGAUGGAGACAGCAGAGCAAGCCGCCGCACGUCUCGCUGCAACAGGCCUGAAGAAGCGAGAUUUGCGGCAGAUCCCGGUUGCUGUUUACGGUGAAGGCGUCAAUAUUCCAGCCACCGAGUGUCCAAUUUGCCUUGGUGAAUUUGUCGAUGGUGAGAAAGUUCGGGUUCUGCCAAUAUGUAACCAUGGCUUCCAUGUGAGGUGCAUAGACACAUGGCUUUUGUCACACUCAUCGUGCCCAAAUUGUAGACAUUCGUUGCUGGAAAACGCCGCAAGUUCAGCUCGGCCACCUGAAACUGGAUCGGCAGCUGCUCAACAAGCGCAAGCGAGCAGGCUGGUGGAUUAAUAUAUGAGAUAUUUAGCUGAUGAAGGAGAGAGAAAUCAAAUUAGCAACACUAGGUUCAUGGUUUGGUUGUCGAUUUCUGAUCCCAUUUUGCAUGUGGAAUUGCAUCAGAUCAUGUGCAAGAUCAAUUUUUAGGUGUAUUUUUGCCAUGGGUCGUUUGGUUUUUGGCCCAUUUUUGGUUGUGUCAUCCUAACUUGUUGAUCUCAGAAUUUUAAGGAAAUAUUUACAUGGAAAGUGUUAAUUCAUCAAUCAACAGUGACAAUAAAACUACUUGCAUCCAUUUUUCAA